AUGUUCACAGUCGGAGACUUGGCAGUCAGCAACACGAUUCUCUUCACAGCCAACAUCGGCCUUGGUUUCUACGUCUACUAUCGCCACCAUUUGCACCGACUUCGACCGUGGGAUCGUGUAGAAUUCAGCGUUUUUUCAACCACCAUUUUCAAUUUUGGCAGCUUAUUAGCUGCAGUUCUGAUUAAGGCCCUUAUACCCAACAAGACACCCACAUGGACACGCUGCUUGUUGGGUUCGGCAUUGAGUGUCUAUCUUCUAUCCAGAGCACACAAGUAUUUGCGCUAUGUGGACGAACGGUCUGCUCGGAAAUCGCCCACCCCGCGAAGUGGCCGUUCUCCGAUCGUCCAUAUGGAGAAAAACGGUCGUGCUCCGUACGCACAAACCCAUCACGUCAAUGGUCACGAAAAAACUGCAGUGGCCAACGGACACGAAGCUUCCAUCGUCGCCAAUGGACAUGGCAGUCAAACACUUCAUGAUGGUGACGCUUCAAGCGGAUACGGGACGUUGCGGAAUGAUGCAUCGUUGCCUCAACCGUAA